CGCUCGGCGGCAGCCAAUCAGCGGGCUGGUUUCUCUUCAGCAUCUCUGGGUCCGAGGCAUCGGGCAAAGUCGAGCUCAGGAGCCGCGGGAGGAAGCAGAGUCUGAGCAACACUUGCAGGACGACACGCUAUGGUUGUGUGAAUUAUAACAAGCAGGCGGAGGAUUUCUUCACCAGCACAAAGAGAAAUCAGAAGUCGACUAAUCCAAGCACUGCACGGAGGGAAGUGAAUUCCUGCUCAAGCAUGGCGGACCAGAAAGACAACAUAGAUGACUUUAAAGUCCAGACAGCCAAGCAUGCCACCAUCAGCUCGGCCCCUUUACGGCCGCACAGUGAACACUCCAAGGACCGAGCGUCCAAAAGACUUUCGAUGGAUUCCAACGGGACCAGUGAUGGAGGUGCGGGUUCCUCCACGCCCGUGGAGAUCACCGCUUUGGAGGAGUCGUUUCGGCGCUUCGCCAUCCACGGCGAUACUCGCGCUACCGGCAAGGAGCUGCACGGAAAGAACUGGUCCAAACUCUGCAAGGACUGCGCCGUGAUCGACGGCAAGAACAUCACCCUGACUGACGUGGACAUCGUCUUCAGCAAAGUCAAGAAGAAAUCCUGCCGCACCAUCACAUUUGACGAGUUCAAAGUUGCACUCGGAGAGCUGGCCCGGAAGAAAUACAAGGAGAAGACAGUAGAGGAGGCCGAGGCCGAGGUGUUCAAGCAGAUCGAAGGGAAGGCACCUGUCAUUGCAGGAGUCACGAGAGCCGUGGCGUCCCCUACAGUGAGCCGCCUCACGGACCCCACCAAGUUUACAGGGUCACACAAGGAGCGCUUCGACGGCACUGGUCGUGGGAAGGGCAAGGCGGGUCGGGUAGACAUAGUCGACACCUCCGGAUACGUCUCAGGAUACAAACACCGAGGGUCGUAUGAAAAGAAACUCACUAAACCAACCGAUUAAAGACGAGGAAAUAAACAUGUUUUUAUUAAAAAAUAAUAAAGGAGAGUACUCAAAGAAAGCACAAAAUUUCAUACAUUUUCCCGCCCAUUUAUUUAGUGCGUGCGUGAGUGUAUCUGUGUGUGUCUGUGUGUGUGUGCAAGAGAGAGAUGUUUUUUUUAGUUCCUCUCUUUGUCAAGUGUGAGAACUGGAAAAUUGUUUACAUCUAUUUUUACAAAGUCAUCACCAGCUGGUACAUUCCUGUCAGAGAGCGAGUUACUGCCAAACACUGAAGAGAACAAACCAUUCUAUGAACAUUGAAGCUUUGUUGUUAUGAUAGGGCCUUAUUAUAUUUAUUGAGCACAAAAACAACAACAUGCCAAGAAAAACUGAAUAAAGUCGGGCGACGGUUUCGAUGAAUCAACAACAUUGCACUUUUUAAUGGAAAUGUGUCUAUUCCUAGAUUUACCUGAAGAAAAGCAUCAUUAAUUUGUUUUGCAGAGAUUCGAUAAUUGGCACGCUUUUGACAGAUAUUAUCGUAUUUGUUGUUUUUUUAUUACUUCAAUUGUUAAUUCCAUUCCCUCCUAAUCGUCUUUCUGCCUUCCCCUCUUGUCAACCAUCUGUAAAAUCUACUGUUCAUUUAAUGUCAUUACACAAGCUCGCAUUGCCAUUUCAAUAAUUUGCAUGGAGCUCAGACCAAGACAGAUACAUUAUUAUAAAAGCUUUCUCAAACCAGUCGUAAAUUAAGAUUAUGACAGAUUUGUUUUUUUCUGUGAAUACGACAAAAGCACAAAAAACUAAGAAGGCCUCUUUUUUUAACUGUUUAAACAAAAAGUAUUUCCAGUUUUAUAUCUUUGUCUUUAUUCGGAGUUCAUUGUCUUGACAAACUGUUUUGCUAACCUGCAUUUCAAGUAUUAAAUUGGUGAAUCCAGCUGAAGGAAGCUCCAACCACAGUAGAUGAGCUCGGUUGUACAAGAUUGUAUUUUCUCUUAUAUUGUUAGUCCCUCAAUUAGAUUUCUAGUAGUUCUAAUAUAUUUGUGGUAAGAUUGUGUAUAUUCUAAAACAUUAGAGCCACAUGGCUUAAUUUAUGACACUGGCUUUGUACCUUUUUUCUUGUAUUGCUGUACUUUGUGCAUGUUACGUAUAUUGCAUAUGAUUCAGAAGCAUAAAGAUGACAUUAGGAGUUUGUCUUAACUUAUCUUAAAUGCUGUGCCUGCUGUGAAGACAGACUACUGGACAGAAUUCAUUAUUAUUUUCUUAAGUGAUUACAUUGUGGGGUCAUUAUGAUGGAGUAUAAGGGCCCAUUAGAAGGGAAAUAAAAGGGAACAAGUUUUAAGAAUACAUGCAUUGUAUAUAAAGUCAUCAUUUUUUGAGAAAGAAGUUGUAAUUAUUAGAGAAAAAAGUCAUAAUCUCAGAA